AUGAUUGGCUCUUCCGACAAGUCUCGUGCGUUGUACACCAUGGUGGUGCUGGAACUACUGCUGCUGGUCUCCUUCUGGGCCGCCCAACUAUAUCGAGUGCGAGAAUACGACACGAACCGCGACCCUAGAGGUCCUCUUUCAGCUAGCGCAGAAGUUUUGUACGGCCUAAUGACAGAUCUCAUCACUGGUAUUGCUCGUGUUCCGGGACAGUUAGUAAGUAUCUUCCCCGGAUCUCACCCAGGAACAGUGCAACAAGAUUUCAGAGGGAGAGAAUGGGCUAUGUCACAUUUUGCGGAAACUUUGUCAAAUCAAGAACGCAGGAGGGACUCUCAGGCCGUCACAGACAUCAGCGCUCCUAGUGGAGAACUGUAUAGUCCUGGUCCUGAUGAAUACGUUCGAGAACAUCCUGGAAUAAUUCAAAGCUCCAAUGCUGUAACCAAUGAAACAGUGGCAAAUUUGAGUGAAUCCCGUUCUGUCGACGGCGCGCAGUUUACUCGCGGACAAACUGCCGUGAAAAAGGGAGAAGAGACAAGCUAUGGCAAAAGACGCCGUCGUGCAAGGAAAGUUUUGUCUGAAACACGUUAUCACGCUGCAAAAUCGGCAAAACACGCACUGAAUUUUGUGCUUGUGCUUCCAACCGACUUUACCCUCAGCUUGUCAAAGGGUUUUCACAAUGCACCGAAACUAUACCAUGACGAUACAGUUGAACCGAUGCCCAAAGUGAUCGGGAUCAAGAGUGGAUUCAGAGCAGCCGGCAAGGAGUUCUACCACGGACUCUAUAAUGGUCUGACUGGACUUGUCACGCUGCCCUCCCGGGGGUUUCGGCAGUCGGGAGGUGAAGGGAUGGUCAAGGGAAUCGGGAAAGGCGUGGGGGGCGUCUUUUUCAAGCCGACUGCAGGUCUGUUUGGAUUAGCAGGAUUACCGCUAGAUGGCUUGCACAAAUGCGUUCGCGGGUCUCUCUCUAAAAUCAAAUCCAAAGAAAUCAUUCGACUACGUAUCACACAGGGCAUUGAAGAGAUGUGUGCAGCGUCGAACGAAGAACAAAAUAUGGUGAUUCGCAAGUGGCAUGAACUACAGCAGGACGGUCUAACGCAGGAAGGACACUGA